CGGCAGCGAUUCCCCAGCGACUUUGGGGCCUCCUCCAGGGGUGAGUGGCUGCGCGAAGCCCCCGCGUGGUCCCUCCGGCGGCAUCCCGCCAGGUGAAAGGAACUGCGGGCCAGGGAGCCGAGGCUAUGAAUAGCGUUGCUUCGGGGCCCGACUGCUGUAGAGGCCUGGGCAAUAUCAACUAUAAAAAGGCAGACUUGAGCGUCAUGACCUGGCUGCUGCACUAUGUGGACCCCUCAGAUCCCAGCUUCGUGGUGGCCAUCCUCACUAUCGCCUUUGGUCCGUUUUUCUGGAAUGUGGUUGCAAGAUGGGAGUAUAGAACCCGCAGACUGAGCAGUGUCUUCAGAUCCCCAUACCUGGCCUGCUACUCUCUGGGUGCCGUCAUCCUGCUGCUGAAUGUCCUCCGUUCACACUGCUUCACACAGGCCAUGCUAAGCCAGCCCAAGAUGGAGGGUCUGGAAAACCCCACUACCUACUGCCUGGGCCUUGCACUCCUGGGUGUGGGCACCAUAUUUGUGCUUUCCAGCUUCUUCGCACUGGGGUUCACAGGAACCUUCCUAGGUGAUUACUUUGGGAUCCUCAUGGAGGCCAGAGUGACCACGUUCCCCUUCAGCAUUGUGGACAACCCCAUGUACUGUGGAAGCACAGCCAACUACCUGGGCUGGGCCCUCAUGCACGCCAGUCCCACGGGCCUGCUGCUGACAGUGGUGGUGGCCUUCGUCUACAUGGUGGCCAUCCAGUAUGAGGAGCCCUUCACUGCAGAGAUCUACCGUCAAAAACCUGCCAAGUCCCACCGGAGAAGAUGACAGAGCUGCGGUGGCUCUGCAGGGCACCUGGCUGGUCUGGCCUGGCCCAAGGACCCCACCCUGCUCUGGGGAGAGCAGCACCUGGCCACUGUUCCUUACUUGGGCCCGGCAUGGGCCAUUCCAGUGCCUUGGAAACUACUUCCUUGGGGGUCCUGAAUACGCUGUUCUUUGGCCACUGACACCGUUGUGCCCUGAUGCUCCAACUGUGCCUACUCACCAAUAAAGGCAUCCUGACCCCAGCA